GAGCGAGAAUACAACCAGUACCUGGCAGAGCAGAGGCGUGUGAGACAGGAGAAGUAUGCAGCCGAGAAGGCCGAGAGGCAGAAGGAGUACGACCUGCGCCGGAAGCAGCGCGAGGCGGAGAAGCUCGAUGAUCAGCCAUACGUUGCGGAGAUCACGCUGAUCGAGCAGACCAUGAAGUUCUGCCAGGGCCUGGUGCAAUCCAAGGUUGAGGACAAGUCGGACGAGAAGAAGGAGGUUUCCCACGAGAACGUGGACGGAUGUGAGAUCCUGCUGCGCAAGGAGGACCGCGAAGAGGAGUUUUACUUCGCGCCGCUUAAGGGCAAGAAGGACAAGAACAAGAAGAAAGGAGCCGGUGAGACGAAGGCUGCAAAGAUUACCCACAACGCUGAGACCUUCCGUUUGUUUGACCAACUCAAGCUCGAUGCGCCCCUUUCGACGGACCAGGUGCCGGGUCUUUUGGAGAAGCUAACGGAGCAGUUGGCCGACUACCAGGCGAAGGUCAAGGAGUGGGAAGAAAAGCGGGAGGACAUGAAGAAGGCAAUCCUGGAAGGACUCUCCGAGAUCGAAGAGAAGAAGGCGGUGCGUGACGCCGAGGAGAAUGCAGAGGAGAAGGAGGAGAAGGAGGAGGAGGGGUAG